AUGGCAGUACAAGUCAGUGCAGAAGGAUCCGUAGACACGGACAAGGCGUGCUAUCUUCUGGGUGAAAGUAUUAUGAUAAAAUUUCAGACCGACGAUCCAGAAGAGGAUGAUUGGGUGGGGAUAUACCAUUUCGACGCGUCCAACGGGGAUGCAGAGCCAAGUAUGUGGCUGUGGACGUGUGGAACUCAAAAGUGCUGGGGGAAGGCAAAUAGAGGGAGACUUACUUUUGGAGGCACCGGGGCUAUAGCAGAUUACGAAGAUGAGUGGCCCCUGGACCAUGGAACAUACGUUGCUGUCUUGGCACGUAAUGCUGCUGAAGAUGAUGCCAGUGGAUACGAUGUUUAUGCUUACAGCGAGGUAUUCCGGGUAAAAGGAUACGACGGACAGUGUGGCGUUUCGGAAAGCCCCGCAUUAUCACCACAAUUCACAUCAUUCUCACCUAUAACAGGGGUGCCCAUGACAAUGGAUCCCACUGGAGAGACUCCUGUAGCCCCCCCAAACCUUGGCUAUCCCACAACUGCAGACUAUACGGUCCCUCCAACCAAUAGCGAACUUCCAUCAAGCAGGCCCUCAACGUCUUACUAUCCAUCGAUGAACCCAUCUGGAAAACCAUCAUCAACAGGCUAUACGAUCCCUCCAACCAAUAGCGAAGUUCCAUCAAGUAGGCCCUCAACGUCUUACUAUCCAUCAAGGAACCCAUCUGGAAGACCAUCAUCAACAGGCUAUACGGUCCCUCCAACCAAUAGCGAAGUUCCAUCAAGUAGGCCCUCAACGUCUUACUAUCCAUCAAGAACCCAUCUGGAAGACAGCACUCCCAACCCAUCUCAUGUUCCAUCAAGCUACCCCACGACAUCAACCAUCCCAUCGUCCUAUAAUCCUUACGCCACAACCAAAGGUCCGCUCCCAUAUGCAGCCACACCCCUUCCGAAGCCACCAAUGUCGCUGACACCGACGAUUUACCCCACGGUCAAGCCCGGGAGCACCGCACCCUCAACGUCGUCAAGACCGAGCUAUUACCCCAACAGUAAUCCAGUCGCAGCCACUGACGAGCCAAGUACAAGACCUAGCAUGGGCCCCUCGAAUUAUAGCCCGACGUAUGACUCCACAGAGACACCAGCGACAGAAUCCAUGGACAGCAUGGCGAGUGUCAUUGCAGCAGCAAAGCAGGAUGUGGGACAACUAAUCAUUGCGCAACCUUCGCUAAGUGCACUCUUUCUGCGGCUUACGUUCCAUGAUUGCCUUGGAGGAUGCAAUGGAUGCAUUAAUCUGGCUAAUCGAGACAACCGCAUGUUAAACAUCGCCAUAGACAUCUUAGAACCAUGUGUUCAGAAGUAUGAGCCUUAUGGUCUAAGUCGACCCGAUAUUUGGGUGUUGGCAAGCUCCGUCGGUGUCGAGCUGGCCAUGCCAGACACAGCGUUUGUGGCAAUACCUUUCAAAACGUAUGGGCGCAAAUCAUGUGAUCCUGCAGACAUUAUUGAGGGUCCCAACCCAGUCUUCUGUGACCCCAACUUGGGCACAGAUGAUCUUCUAGCUUUCUUCCGCGCACACUUUGGGUUUUCGCCGCAGGAAACCGCAGCAAUAUUAGGCGCACACACUAUUGGAGUUAUGCAUCGAGAGAGCUUGGGUUAUGACUCUCCCAAUGGAUGGACCGUGGACAAUGACGUCUUCAACAAUGGUUAUUACAGGGAGCUCGUCGGGGCUGGUAGGACAAUCCGCGAGCAGUAUACCAGGGCUGCAAACUGGAAGCAGAAAUUUAUUGACAACCGUGGCAUGGAGGAAGGGGUGCCAAACGUCUUCCAGUGGGAAGGAUAUCCAAAUCAAAAGAAAAUUGUCAUGACGAAUGCUGACAUUGCUUUGGUGCGUCAACUCCAUGCCGGCAACAAGGCAGCGAACGGAAAGGUGGCUUGCCAGUUUGUGCCAAGGUCGGGGAAUGAGCCAACAUGCCCAAUGGCUAGAAGUGACCUCUUUGUGGAGAUGGUGAGGUACAGAAACGACAACCAUGCAUUCUUGGAAGACUUUCGUGAGGCGUUUAUCAAGCUCACGAUGACGGGCUAUUUGGUGGACCCAUACGGCUGUGAUUCAGAUGGCAUUUGUGGGUUGAUACGUGUACCGAUAUAG